UAUGUCGACUAAAAUAUGAAAAAUAUUUACGAAAAUUACAUUUCAUCAAAAACAUUCGGAACACAUUUCUUAAGAUCAAUAUUUCAAACAUAGUUUAAUUCGAUAUCCCUCGGUCUUUGACCCAGAAACGACGCACCGAUUCAACUAUUGAGUGUUUACUACGUCCAGAACCUGCCAUGCCGAUUACGACCAUGUGUCGCUCUACGUCUGAUGACCGUCCAUACAACCAUUAGAAUGCAUGUCGAUAUAAUUUUAGGAUCAUUUUUAUUUUUUUCCAUCACAGUUUUAAUUGAGUGUUACCCUGAGAGGAGAUUCCUGGUCUCGUCGCCUGAUAAACAAAGGCUGUUUUGUUUCCCGCCCAUCACCUACUGUCAUUUACAUUGUACUAACGGGUAUAUAAACACACCAAAUGGCUGUCCAGUUUGUCAGUGUCGCUCUGCAUCCCAAGGUGUUACUGCUAGUUCAAUACCACUCCGUCCACAGGCCCCUCAAAGUUAUGUUCCAAAUUCACAAUCAUCCGGCUCACUAUCAUCUGGGCCGUUUACAUCCGGGUCACUAACAUCCGGGUACAACAUGUUCACCAACCCGUGCCAGCCACAACAUAUGUUCUGCUCACUAACGUGUCCACAUGGCUUCCUUACCGGAAAUAACGGUUGUCACUUCUGCUUCUGCGCAUCAGCACCCCAAGCAGGAACAAUAGCGCCACUCACAACUACAUCCGGGCCACUCAGUAACCUAGACAACCCAUGCGUGGCCAGUCAACAACACUGCGGACUUGUGUGUAAAUAUGGUUAUUUGAAGGGCCCCUCCAACUGUAACUAUUGUCUGUGCGCCCCUCCUGGCCUCGUUUACACCUUCAAUACCACAGUCAGUUUAACUUCGACAAUUCCAACCACGAGCCCGACCCCUUCGGGCGUCAUCCUGCCCGACCCCUGUAUUCCGAAUCAACCCAUUUGCGCAAUGACAUGCGCGAACGGAUUCGUAAAAGGACCACAAGACUGUCAGUACUGCUUGUGUGCGCCCUCUACCACCGUUACCACUACUACCAUCAGUAUUACGACAAACCGAACGGCUCAAGCAAAACCGCCUAGUCAUGAUUCACACAAGAAUUCCUCCAUGACGUCACUUCCUGUACCAAGCACUGUCAGUCCCGACGUAGCGAACGAGUGUAUCAUAGCGACGACUAUCUGCCAGCUCAAGUGUUCAGGGGGGUUUAUGACGGACCCACAACACUGCACCUUCUGUGUAUGUAAGGACGAAAUGUAUAACAAAACCGGGAUCCCUAAGUCUGAUGAGCCGAUGAUCCUGCUUCAGAAUCCGUGUGUAGAGGGAAUGGAUACUUGUAGGAUUUUCUGUAUGGCCGGCUACCUCCGAGGACCAAAGAACUGCCAGUAUUGCGCAUGUCGACAUUAAACACAAGAACGUGUUUCCGCUUCCGGUUAUAUUUAUAAUACAUUUUUAGAGCAGAAUAUUUGUAUACAGAGAACUUUUCUGAUAUCGUACAUAUCUCAGUUAAACAGUCGAUAGCCGAAAAUGUUAUUGGAAAGGUACUUAGAACGAUGUAGUGAUACUUUAUUUAUUACGACGGUAAAGGUUUUUAUAAAAA